AUGAAGCGGCGGAGGACGAGGCUGGAGCUGAGUGAAGACUGCUGCGCUUUGUGCGGUUUCUCUGACGACAAUCCGGCAACGCUGGGAGAGAAAGUCAAAGUCCCAAAACUCAAACUCUCUGUGCAUUAUUUCUGCCUGCUCACCUCCUGUGGAGUGUAUCAGAAGGGUCCAGAGCACCAGGGGGUGUUUGGGUUCCUGGAGGAGGACAUCAGGAGGGAGCAGCGGCGCGCCCAACGCCUGGUGAGACCUGGGGGACAAGAAAAAGAGGGGAUAGAAGAGCUGAUGUAUAGAGAGGACAGAGGACACAUUUCGCCCCCUACAGUGCAUAUCGUUCAUGCAGCUCCGGCAUGUGACGUGGACGAGGAUCGCUUCACAGAGAGAGUCCACACAAUCCGAGAAGGACAGACUCUGGAGCUGCUCUGCCUGGUGACUGGACAUCCGCGCCCUCAGAUACGGUGGACGAAGACGGCGGGCGGGGCCCUUGAUCGUCAUGGCGACGCAGCUCCGCCCAACGAUACUCUGAGGAUUGAAUCCAUCAGCCGCCACCAGGGGGGGCGCUACUACUGUAAAGCAGAGAAUGGACAGGGCUCUCCUGCCCUGCGCUCUAUACGAGUAGACGUCUACUAUCUAGACCUCCCUGUGAUCUCGGUGCAUCAGAGUCUGGGGGAGACGGACCAGUUCUACUCGGACCGGACUGUGUUCCUGCGCUGUGAGGCCCGGUCCAACCCUAGUCCGGUCUACACCUGGUUCAGAGGGAAGACCGCUUUGAGCGAGGGAGCCGACCAGGGAGUGGACAUCUACGAACCACUGUUCACUCAGGGGGAGACUAAGAUCUUGAAGCUAAAGAACCUUCGGCCAGUGGACUUCUCGGAGUACAGCUGUGUGGCCUCAGUUAAAACCGUGUGUGGGAUCAGGGACAAAAGCGUCACCUUCAGGCUCACCAACACCACAGCGCCCCCUGCAGUCCGCCUGCUGCUGCCUGACCCUGUGAUUGUGAAUCCUGGGGAGAGUGUGACUCUGGGCUGUGUGCCAUCGGCCGGAGACCCCGCUCCCUCCCUCACCUGGGCACGGGCCGGGGGCGCUGAACUUCCCAAACACAGCUCGGCCAAUCGCGGCGCUCUGACUGUCACCGCGGUAACAGCAGAGGACGGUGGCGUGUACACAUGCAUUGCCACCAACAACGUCGGCAGCGCCGCCAAAAAGAACACCACCAUCUUAGUGCGCGGUCUGCGCAGAGCUCGGUUUUGGAUCACUCCGGACCCGUACCACGACGACGACCACAUCCAGAUCGGGCGCGAGGUGAAGAUCACAUGUCAGGUGGAGGCCACGCCUCCUGAGGAGCUGGCGUUUGAUUGGCUGAAGAAUGGACGCCCCCUGCGGAGCUCGGAGCGGAUGGUGAUCACCCACUCGGACUCGGGUCGCUCCAGCCUUGACAUAAUCGACCUCAAGUUCACAGACUUCGGAACCUACAGCUGCGUGGCCUCACUGCGGAACGGAGGCAGUCCAGAGAUCAGCACCGACGUCAACAUCUCCUCCACCACAGUUCCUCCAGAGCUGACGUUGCCUAGGGGGCGCUCUGUGCUGGUGGUGCAGGAAGGAGAGUCUGUGGAUUUGCAGUGUCUCGUGUCCGGUAAACCCAAACCCACCGUGCUCUGGUUCAAACUGUCCCCGAGAGAAGAGCAGAGGUACCAGGAGAGCAUGGAGCACCAGGACACAGAGGUGAGAGCAGACCUGGAGCUCAGUGAGGCCGCUCUGUGGGAGAGUGCGGACGGACUGCUGCAUCUGUCCAACGUGUCCAGAGACAUGUCUGGUGUGUACCGCUGUCAGACCAGUCAGCUCAAUGGCUUUAACGUGAGGCCGCGGCGAGCGCUGAUCCGUCUCCACGUGCACUACCCCCCGGUGGUGGAGCCAGUCUUUGCAGAGGUGAGGCAGGCUCUGGGCAGGGCCUUCUCUCUCUCCUGUGGGCUCCUGGGGGCACAUCCCUCCAGGGGCCUCCGUUUUGAGUGGAAGCUGGGCCCCCGGCUGCUGACCAGGGGGGAGCUUCUCCAGGGCCACACCCAGUACCAGGUGCGAGCUCUGAACCGAGAAGGGUACGGGCUCUACACCUGCGAGGUCAGCAAUGAGGCGGGGGCUGGGCGCUGCAGCUUCAAUGUGACAGGAAAAGCGUUUGCGCCAGAGUUUUACUACGACUCGGACUCCAGCCUGUGGCAGAACCGGCCCUCGGUCUACGGCUUCAGACUGCUCUGGACCCAACAAGAACCGGACUCUGUGGACCGCGUGCUGGCCUACAGGCUGGGACUGAGACAGCUGUCGCAGUCGCGGUGGUGGGAGCAGGAGAUCCCCAUUGAUGCGGUGAUCCAGAAGGGGGCGCUUCUGAGCCAUAACCUGACGGAGCUCGUGAAGCCGGAGUCCUACCUGGUCAAACUCACACCAAUCACGCGCUUUGGAGAGGGCGACGCCUCCGAACGCAUCAUUGCUUACACAGCUCCUGUAAACCCACACCUCAGGCAGUUCCGGUGUGGCUUCGAGGACGCCACCCUGUGCCUCUGCUCUCAGGACAGAUCCGAUCAGUUUGAUUGGACGAGACACAGUGCCACGUCCCGGGACUCAAAGUACACGCCCAACACUGGCCCGAGCGCCGACCACAGCGGCGAUAAGAGCGGACAUUACCUGUACAUCGAGACGUCCCGCCCCCGUAUCCUUGGAGACAAGGCCCGCCUCCUCACACCCACCUUUAACUCUCCCUCCAACUCACCUGUGCACGCAAGUCCCGUCUCCAACAACCCAGGCCACGCCUCCAACACUCCAGGCCCCGCCUACUGCUUCUCCUUCUACUACCACAUGUACGGCAAGCACAUUGGUUCUCUGGCCGUCUUCCUCCGGCAGAAAGCCUCAGACGCUCAGGUGUGGAGUCUCAAUGGUAACCAGGGCGACCGCUGGCGACAGGCCCGAGUCACUAUCCAGCCGACCUCGGCCUUCCAGAUUGUGUUGGAGAGGGUCCGUGGCUCUGGGAUCGAGGGAGACAUCGCCAUCGACGACAUCUCGAUAGAAGAAGGAGAGUGCAAAGACCCGCCACCCAAAAAUCUGAGGUCCUUGGCUCCAUCCCCUUCACUCCAUAUAUGGACGCUGAGCCUAUCCCUAACUCUGGCUCUGAUUGGUCGAGAGAGGUGA